UCCACCGGCGGCGACAUUCAGAGAGGAGAUGGCGGCCAGAGGGGGGUUUCAGUCGGCACCGACAGGAGGUGGUGGCGGAGCAAUGGGACCUGGACCACCGGUACCAGGCGCAGGACCAGGCAUGGGCCCUGGGACUCCCUCUGGACGUAUGGGGCCGUCGUCGGCUGCGCAGAACCACAUGUACCGCUCCCCGAUGCCCGGGCCUGGGUACCCGAGACCGGGCAUGCCUCCAUCCAGUCGCAUGACCCCGCAGGGACCAGCCAUGGGCCCGCCAGGAUAUGGCAACAGCCCAGUGUCUCGCCCUGUGAUGCCUGGUGUGAUGGACCCAUCUCGCAAGAGGCCCGCCCCCCAACAGAUCCAGCAGGUUCAGCAGCAGAACCGCAACCAGCACACAAAGAAGAAGAAGAUGGCUGAUAAAAUUCUACCUCAGAGGAUCAGGGAACUGGUCCCAGAGUCUCAGGCUUACAUGGAUCUGCUGGCUUUCGAGAGGAAGCUGGAUCAGACCAUCAUGCGCAAGAGGCUGGACAUUCAGGAGGCCCUCAAGAGGCCCAUUAAGCAAAAGAGAAAGCUUCGGAUCUUCAUAUCAAACACCUUCAACCCUGCAAAGCCAGACGCUGAGGAUGGAGAAGGCACAGUUGCAUCAUGGGAACUACGUGUUGAGGGGCGUCUGCUGGAAGAUACGGCCGUGUCCAAGUAUGAAGCCACCAAACAGAAGCGGAAGUUCUCCUCUUUCUUCAAGUCUCUGGUGAUUGAGUUGGACAAAGACCUGUAUGGUCCAGAUAAUCAUCUUGUGGAAUGGCACAGGACUGCCACCACCCAGGAGACUGAUGGUUUCCAGGUGAAGAGGCCUGGUGAUGUGGGUGUUCGCUGCACCGUCCUGCUUAUGCUCGACUACCAGCCACCUCAGUUCAAGCUGGACCCUCGGCUGGCUCGUAUGCUGGGCAUCCACACCCAGACCAGACCUGUCAUCAUUCAGGCCCUGUGGCAGUACGUCAAGACCCACAAACUCCAAGACCCCCAUGAGCGCGAGUUCAUCAACUGUGACAAAUAUCUGCAGCAGAUUUUUGAGACUCAGCGAAUGAAGUUCUCUGAGAUCCCGCAGCGUCUGCAUGCACUCUUGAUGCCCCCAGAGCCAAUCAUCAUCAACCAUGUGAUCAGUGUGGACCCUAAUGACCAAAAGAAGACUGCUUGCUAUGACAUUGACGUGGAGGUGGAUGACACGCUGAAGACCCAGAUGAACUCCUUCCUGCUUUCCACAGCGAGUCAGCAGGAAAUAGCAGGACUGGACAACAAGAUCCAUGAAACCAUUGAGACCAUUAACCAGCUGAAGACCCAGAGAGAGUUCAUGCUGAGUUUCGCCAGGGAUCCUCAGGGCUUUAUCAACGACUGGCUGCAGUCCCAGUGCAGAGACCUCAAGACUAUGACAGAUGUGGUAGGAAACCCAGAAGAAGAGCGGAGAGCAGAGUUUUACUACCAACCAUGGGCUCAGGAGGCGGUCUGCCGCUACUUCUACUCCAAGGUCCAGCAGAGGCGUCAGGAGCUGGAGCAGGCGCUCGGCAUCAGGAACACCUAGAGCAAUGUAUCCACAGGCGGCAAAUGAAGAGACGUGCUGUGAUGUCGGAGCCGGCUAACGUGUGAGCGUGUGUGGGAUGUUCCAAAUGAAUUCCUCGCAGAGUUUUCUGACAAACUUAGAAAGACAUAGAUACUAGAUGGCUUUACUGUUAUAUUGGAUGUCCUUGUUUUGUUUCGUUUUAUCUUCACCCUGCAGCUCAACUUCUGUUGCAGUUUAGUUGCCACUUCCACCUUUAUUUUCUAUUUGUUUUGUUUUCUUUGUCACACUAGAGCUCCUCGAGCACAAUGUAUUUUCACUUGCAUGUCUAAGCCUUACCUGGAAGCAUUCCUCUCAUUUUGUGCCCACACAAAAGUACAGAUUGUACACAAAUGAAAAGCAGAGGGAAACUUAAUGUAUUUUGUCCCUGGAUCUAAAAAUAUCCUAAAUCAGCAGGAAUGUGUUGACUCUGCCUUGGCUCUUUGUCCCCCUUUUUGGAAAGUAAAUUUACAUUUUACACUCCCCAAUCUGGCCAGCGGAUGCUUGCAGUGAGGUAUUGAUUGUGUUUGUAAUCAAUCAGGCUGCUCUGCUGCACGCUGGCCGUUCACGUUCACUUUGUCUUAAGCUCUCAUCGCUUUGUUUUGACAGUUUGUGCCAGCGUCUGGUGUACGAGAGACGUUUCAAAGCUCAGUCAUGGCAGAAUAUACAUCUUUUUGUUAUGGGCGCCAUUAAGUAUGAAGUUUUCCUUUAUUUUGUUUUGUUAUUAUCAAUGAUCCUUGUUUUUAAAGUAUGUAUUAUAUCAGUACUUGUCUUGUUAGCUAGUACAGAUUAUCAAGGAAGUAGCUUGUAUGAGUACCUCUAGUCUAUAUAGUUUUGUAAAUACUGAGCAGAAAAAAAACUGAAGAUGGACGUGAAGUAAAAUUGUAUCUCUUAUCCUGGCAGAUGUUUUUCUUAACUCUUUGUCUACGCUCAGAUAGUCGAACCAGUAUUUAUAUUAUUAAUCAGCCCUCACUGUGGGAGCACAGUGAUUUAGCUCUCCUCAACAUAAAGACGGCAGUCACGUUUGACGAAUUGCUGCUCUGCGGGAUGAAACGUACGCAGCGUUCAUGUCGCCUGCAAGCUUGGGACAAGUUAAAUAUUCUGCUUUUAGUUUUGUGUAUUUUUGAUUAUGUGCAGAGAAGCCAUAAACAUUUGAAGAAGAUUUAAAGAGUUGUAGCUUCUUCGUACACUGGCUGAAGACUUUGCUGAGUUCAAUGGUUGUUUCCCUGUUGAAAGUAAAGAUGAGUGUCCUGGCUGAAACUUUAACGUGUGUGCAUUUAAUUAACGAAUUCCAAGAAUACACUAAUGUGGGUUUGGGCAGGUACAUGAUUUGAAACAUGUGGUGGGAACCUCUGGGGUGUAAAGCGACACUGGGGGGACUGUAGUAGUAUUUGAAUCUGCAGACUUUUUCAUGGACCAAACCUAUUUUUCUGUAUGUUCUUAUGUUAUAAUAAAGGAUAUGUAAAAUGUU